CGUUCUUCACCGACUCCAUCUGGUCCCGGUCAGCCCGAAUCUCCUCCACCCAGUCCAGGUCCCUUCCAUAAUAAUCCUGCACCUCCCUCAACACCUCCAAGAACUUUUGGCUGCUUUCUUCAGAUGCGCAGACUGUCUCUAAAGCCUGGGCCACAGCGUUGGAGGGUGCCCUCUCCAGCAGAGACAGUGGUCCUGUGGAGGGGGGUCCAGGCCUUGUCCCCUGUGCCCUCAGUCCCAGACCAUGUCCAGGCCUUGGUGGGCUCAUGUGUGGUGAUCCCCUGCUCCUUUACUCCUCCUGCUCCUCAUCCUCUCAGAAUGAGGAAGGAGAGGGUGGAUGUGAGGUUGAGGUUCAGAGGCGGAGGCCACCUCUUCCCUCUCCGCAGCACCGCUUUUAACAGCGAGGACAGAGAUCAGGUGAGCCGGGAUUUCCAAGGCCGGGCAUCACUUUUUGGGCAAAUUACAAAUGGAGACUGCUCUGUGAAGAUUGAACGGAUCAGUCAGGAUGACUCACGGACAUUCGAGAUCGCUCUGAAAAAAGGUGAUGACUUACUUUGGGGGAAACCAAGGAGCUUUAACCUGGAUGUUGUAGACACUCCUGAGGCUCCUGUCAUCACUGGCAUGUUGUCAGCCACAGCGGGACAGCGGGUCACCCUGAACUGCUCCAUCAGUUAUCAGUGCCCCUCCAGACCUCCAGCCCUGAAGUGGAGCUGGGAAAGAGGAGCUGAGCUGAACACCACCGAGGCUGGGGAAGUACACACACUCUUCCCUCAGGCCCACAGGCCGGUGUUACUGUCCUCCCUGUCCUUUACUGCUUCACAUCAGGUCAAACCCAGGCUCAGGUGUGAGGCCAGUUUCCCUGGUGAAAAAACAGCGGCUGCAGCGAGGGAUCUGCAUGUGACAUUUGCGCCAAAAGAUGUGAAGGUCCAGGUGCAGUCGGUGCUGGUGCAGGAGGGGGGCAGUGCUUUGUUGAUGUGCUCAUGUAAAGCAGACCCUCCGGCCUCAGAGUACCGCUGGUCCUACAGCCAACAUGGACGCACUGUGCACCUGCACCAGCGAACGCACACUGUCCGGGUGUACAACGUGACCCGGGACAUGAGGGUCCGCUGUUCAGCUCAGAACCUGAUUGGCUGGGGAGGGUCCACACCCACAGUCCUCAACAUACAAUAUAAACCAGUCAUCCUCCAGUUGUCGUCGUCCUGUGUGUGGGAGGAGCUACAGGUUCUGUGUCGCUGCAUGGUGGACUCUAACCCCAGACCUGCUGUCACCUGGAGCAUCAAUGGUACCGUUCCACCUCACGACUACAACCUUUCUGUUACAACUGAGCCAGAAGCGCUGAAGGCGACUUUGAGAGGCCACAUGGACACACCACUGAGGGUGAUCUGCUUCGCCUUUAAUGCGCUGGGAAAUGACUCCCUGGUUUUGCUGGAGGGAGGAGAAGUGAAAACCCCUUUGCUGUGGAUGGUGAUCCCUGCUGUGACCAUCUGCUUGGUGAUCUUCAUUUUGUCUCUUCUGCUCUACUGCUGUAAAAAGAGAACCAGAAAACAUGUCCUGCGUAGACAUCCGGCUAUGUAUCCUGGAGGUUUGGGGAUUUAUCAAGAGCGGAUGCCCCUCUAUAUCAACUGCACUGAAGUGACUCAUAUCUACACGAAUGGCAGCUACCAGCUUGUAUACCAGAACUGCACACCUCUGUUUGUCCGGACCAAGCAGAUCCGUCCAAUGGCCAGAAGGGGAGGGGAGAGAAGACGGGGAGCAGAACAUGGAGGUGUGGACAGACGAGUGGGUUCAGGACUCAGAGGUGGUGUUGAGGGUCAGAGCUCUGCUGUGGCCGAUGCUGACACCGCCAUCUACCUGGAGAUCCUCUGAACUCCCAACAUUCUCCUGCUGCACUUCAAUAACAACAUUACACCUACUUUUACAUGUUUUUUGUUUUUUUUAUAGUUAUUUAGUGCAUUUGUCUUUUCAUAAACAGGUACAUGGCUCUGUUCUGACUGCAGGUAAAAAUGGCCCAAAUCUGAUCUCCCCACUCAGAUUUUAAUCAUAGUCAUUUUGUUCAAACACAUUGAAUUUGAUCUUUUCAUCAUUCUUGUCAAGGCCACUUCCAUAUGUGAUCCUAAAUCAGACACACAUUUUUAUUGAUUUUUCAUCAGAAAUAAUGUGACUUUUAUGUCAGUCUAGAUUGAAAUUUAUCAUAACUCUGUACUGGAUAGAGUCACUCAAAUACUACAGUAGUGAGCUUAACUUUUAACAUGUGCAGCAGUAAAAUGAAUGGAAUGCACAUGAAUGGAGCAGUAAAAUGAACAAAAAAAAGUAUCAUAUAUAAAACACUAACUGGACCAUUUUACUGCCCGAUGAAAACUUAAAAGAAAUGUUUUUAAUGCUCUACUUGUAGUGGAGUAUUUUCACAGGCCUGCCCUGAACACUUUGCACAGAUCAGGAUCAUGACCAGUUCACAUUGUAAUUUGAUACUGGCCACAUUUAAAAAUAAUAAUGCGAACAGCCAAACAAAACAAAUUCUGAUCUGAGCAGUAAAUCUGCCUCAAGGGUUGAUGCUGGUAGUGUGAACAUACAGUCAUGGAAAAAAUUAUUAGACCAUCAAAAGUUGUCAAAAACAGUGGCUAUGCAAUCAAGGACUAACUCCUGUGUGUAUCAUGUGACUAAAACAGACAGAAACAAAACAUGGAAUGCCUAAAAGCACUGUUUUUGUCAGUACAAUGCCAUAGAUACUGAUGUAAGAACUGAAGUAAUUUUG